AUGGUGGAUGUAGCAGAGAAGGAGAUGGAUAACCCCACGUUCAGGAGUGACACUGUCCUGUCUGAUGUUCACUUGCACUGCCCAAACAAAAGGCAUCUCAUGGUGCGACUGAAUGCAGUUGGACAGCCAGUAUUCCUGUCAUAUUUCAAAUUCCUUUGGAACACAGAAGAUUUGGCAUCUGAGAAAUGUGUGAGAGAAGUUGCAAGAGAAAGAGAACACCAGCACAGAAGUGGAGCUGAACUGUGUGACAAGGACAAGAGUAAUCUAAAACAAGCAAGAGAAUUAAACAGUGAAGGAGUAGAAGCUCUGCUAGAUGAUGAUGGAGACAUGGAAGUGGUCAGAAGGCCUCAAAGUGCCUCUGAUUUAGAAGCAGAGGAUCUUCUGAGGGAUAUAGUGUGUCCUGUAAUUCUGAUGAAAGGGACAGAAGAUACUUUUGAGGAUGAAGGACAAGAAUGCACUUGCAGUGAUGUUGUUAAAAUAGAACAUACUAUGGCAACCCCCUUAGAAGAUGUUGGUAAACAAGUGUGGCGUGCAGCCUUCCUUCUUGCUGAUUACAUUCUGUUUAAACGAGACCUGUUCAGGGGUUGCUCAGUGCUGGAGCUUGGAGGUGGCACUGGAAUUACAAGCAUUAUCAUGGGAACAGUUGCCAAAAGAGUUUAUUGCACAGAUGUUGGUGAAGAUCUUCUGGCCAUGUGUGAGCAAAAUGUUGCAUUAAACAAACACCUGAUGGAACCAGGAGGAGGGGAAGUUAAAGUGAAAGAACUGGACUGGCUGAAAGAGGAAUUUUGCACUGAUCCUGAAGCUCCUCACAGCUGGUCUGCAGAAGAGAUUGCUGAUUUGCAUGAUCACUGUUCUGUGAUAAUAGCAGCUGAUGUGUUCUACGAUGAUGAUCUGACAGAUGCAUUGUUCAGAACAUUGUACAGAAUCACACACAACCUGAGAAAUUCUUGCACAGUUUACUUGGCAUUAGAAAAAAGGCUGAACUUCACUUUAAGACAUAUGGAUGUUACAUGUGAAGCCUACAGUCACUUUAGAAAUACUCUGAAUGAUCUGGAGACCCUCCAAGACAGACAAAUGAAAUACACUGCAGAGCCCAUUAAACUUGAUUUCUGCCAGUUUCUCCUUUACGAGCGAAUUGAGCAGUUGGAACUGUGGAAGAUCAUGGCUGAGCAUCUAACGUGA